CUGCCUGGGCCCAACGCUCUGCGCCUGCUCGGUCCUGAUUUCUGGGCUCGGGGGCGCGGAGGCCAGUGACCGACCACCUUGCAGGCCAGCCUGUGAGCGGGCCGCUGCCCCGGCCCACGGCCCGUUUGCAGUGUGGGGUCCCGACCCACGGCCCGUUUGCUCCCGGGGUGGUCCUGACCCGAGGCUCGUUUGCACGGGGGGGGGGGUCCCGACCCACGGCCCAUUUGCACCCGGGGUGGUCCUGACCCGAGGCUCGUUUGCACGGGGGGGUCCCGACCCACGGCCCGUUUGCACCCGGGGUGGUCCUGACCCGAGGCCCGUUUGCAGCGGGGUCCGCGUGUCGGGCUCCGUCCCCGAGCGCCGCCCGGAGUGACCAGCCGGGGCCGGCGCGGGCCGGGCGUGGGCAGCGGCCAGGGGGCGCGGCGGGGCGUGAGCGCCGUCUGUCCUCCCCGCGUCCCGUCGGGCCAUGGCCCUGGCCGCCGCCUGCGGACGGGCGCUGCGCCGCGGGCUGGCAGGCUGGGCGCUGGACGCCCGCGUGAGGGCCUUCCUGGAGGCCAACACCGAGGUGACCAGCCGCGGCAGCCUCACCCCCGAGAUCCGCCUGCGCCUGCUCACGCCCCGCUGCAAGUUCUGGUGGGAGAGGGCCGAGCACUGGCCGCUCGGGGACCCCUACUGGGCCAUCUACUGGCCCGGAGGCCAGGCCCUGUCCAGGUUUCUCCUGGACAACCCUGAGGUGGUCAGGGGGAAGUCUGUGCUGGACCUGGGCAGUGGGUGUGGAGCCACGGCCAUUGCUGCCCAGAUGAGCGGGGCGUCGCGGGUCCUGGCCAACGACAUUGACCCUGUUGCAGGAAUGGCCGUGGCACUCAACUGUGAAUUGAACGGACUCAGCCCUGUUCCCGUCUUAACCCGGAACAUCCUGGAUCUGAAACAAGAGCCCUGGGACGUGGUGGUGCUCGGAGACAUGUUUUACGACGAAGCUCUGGCGGACGGGCUGGCGCGGUGGCUGGAGCGCUGCUUCCGGGCCCACGGGACUCGCGUUCUCAUCGGCGACCCCGGGCGCACCCAGUUCAGUGGACACGGCGUGCGGCGGCAGGCACGCUGCCUGGCCGAGUACGAGCUGCCCGAGCCCACGCGGCAGGACAACAACGGGCUGACCUCCAGCGCCGUGUGGGACUUCCGGCCUCGGCCGAGCCCCGGGCACGCGGCCCCCGGCUAGCUGGUGGGCUGAGGGGCUGCCACCGGGCUGUCCCCUCACGCCUGAAGCCGGGGAGGGCCCAGGCCUGGGGGACACUGCCCUGUGCUGUCAGUGAAUCAGAAUAAAGGCGAGCAGAGGAGAGA